AAACUGUAGCUAGCAGCCAUCUUCCUAAAUUCAUUUCUUUUGGAGGAAACACUGAGUUGUUUAAAUUUUAUAGUUUUUCUUUACUUUUGUAGUGCUGUAGUAACUAUUGUUUUAAUUAAUAAUUAUAUAGUUUGGAAUAAAGUAUAUUUUGCACGAGUGUCAUCAUUUGAACUCGCCAUUCAGUUUACAAAUAUCGACUAUAGUUUUAGCGGUUUAUUAAAAAUUCUAACAAUAAAUAUUUUGUGCAAGAACAUUUAUAAUCCAUCAAAACGGCGCCUCUAAGAAAGUCUAAGAAGAUGCAAGAAACGGAGGAAUUAGAGAAUAUGGUGUUAAGUUUUCGAGUAUCUGAACUGCAGAUGCUAUUGGGAUUCGCCGGGCGAAACAAAUCAGGCCGCAAAAAUGAAUUACAAACACGUGCCUUGGAACUUUUGAGACUAAGAUCACAUCCAGUUCAACUAAAAAUACGAGAACUUUAUAAAACCAUACAAGCUGAUCAAAUAAAUCAAACAUAUAAUCCAAGUGGUGGAUCAACAGAAAAUUCAGUCGAUCAAACCAUGCAUUCCCGUAAUUAUUAUACUAGACAAGGCCAUGCCCAGGCUAUGGGUCAACAACAGGCCUCUGUGAAUUCAGGAAAAGAGUUACCUCCUGCACAUCAAGCAUCUCUACCACAGUCUCAAGUCGUAUCGAGGUCUAAUCCUGUAUAUCAACCAACUGGUUACACAAGUGUCACACCUCAGCAACGAACGACAGGAGCUGUUUACCCGUAUCCUUAUCCUCAAAAAGUGUUACCUCUGCAAUCAUCUAUACAACUGCAACAGCCAAAUCAAUAUCCAGUACACCCAGAUGUGAAGUUUAGAAAGUUGCCGUUUUUCGAUCUUCUCGGAGAAUUACUGAAACCUUCUAGUCUCACACCACAAGGAACAAUGAGAAUGCAGGAAAACACAUUUUUAUUUCAUUUAACUCCACAACAGUCGACUGAUAUAGCCAGUUCACGUGAUUGCCGCCAAGGAAGUAAAAUGGAUUACACAGUGCAAGUACAGAUGCGGUUUUGUUUGCAAGAAACAUCGUGUGAACAAGAGGAUAAUUUUCCACCUAACAUAGCCGUAAAAGUGAAUGGAAAAAUAUGCCCUUUACCAAAUCCAAUACCAACCAAUAAACCCGGAGUAGAAGCCAAAAGACCUCCAAGACCUGUUAAUAUUAGUCCUUUAGUAAAAUUAUCACCUACAGUCGGUAAUCAAAUUCACGUCACAUGGUCUGCGGAUUAUAGCAGAAGAUAUGCAAUAGCCGUUUAUUUGGUAAAGAAAUUGUCAAGUUCGGAAUUAUUAACGAGGCUAAAAAAUCGAGGUGUUAGACAUUCCGAUUAUACCAGAGGACUAAUAAAGGAAAAAUUGAACGAAGAUGCAGACAGUGAAAUAGCAACCACAUCUCUCAGAGUAUCUUUAGCAUGUCCUUUGGGAAAAAUGCGAAUGAGUACGCCCUGUCGAGCUUCAACGUGUUCACAUUUACAAUGCUUCGAUGCGUCACUAUUUUUACUAAUGAAUGAACGCAAGCCAACAUGGAAUUGUCCUGUUUGUGAUAAAGCAGCAUUAUAUGAUAAUCUUGUAAUCGAUGGCUACUUUCAAGAAGUUCUUAGUUCUAGCAAGCUUUUAUCAGAAGUUAAUGAAAUUCAAUUAUUGCAAGAUGGUUCGUGGGAGAAUUUAGUUCCCAAAAAAGAAAAAGAGAAGGAUAAAGCUGAAAAAAUAGAAAUGAGUGUAAAACAUAAAGUUAAUGUGGAUACUGUAGAUUUAGACGAAUCAAAUCCUUCAACACAAACGCCGAAGGAAAAGAAGCGAGCUGUUGUAAUAGACUUAAUCUCAGACAGUGACGACGAUGAAAGUGAUUCUCAUUCCCCAGUAUCACAUAAGAAAGUUGCCCCUUCGUCCUCGCCACAAAAGGUUCAAUCUUCUAUUCACAAUGCAAUCAGCAGUACUAGUGAUUCUCCAGAACUUAUGAUUAUAGAUUUAGAGUAAAGAAUCAGUGAAUUAACAGAUAAUUUAAAAAAAAACAUAAAUAUACUUUUUGAAAUGUAUUUUAAGCUGUAUGUAAACUGACAUCAUUCUUGAAACUUGAUUUGUACUAAAAACAAUUAUUCUUUGAAGUUAUUUCCUUUAAAACACAUACUUAUUUUUUGUUAUUAACUGUACGGAGAUAAAUAAAUUGUACAUUUAAUAAUUUAUUUUUUUCAUAUUACACAGUUAAAUUUUUUGUAUUUAGCUUUUGAUUGAUUUCUACUGUUUGUGUGGUUUUUGUGUAGGUCGACAGAAUAUGAUAAUACCUGCGAUUCAUAUUUAUUAAAAGAAAAAGCAAAAAAAGAUGAUUUUUUUUUUGGUAAAAGAGUGUAAUUUUUUAUGAAACAAUGAGCUUCGAGCUCACAUAAGUAGCAGGCACUACUUGUUGUCAGAAAGGGUUAAAGGUGCUCUGUCUAUUUCAAUUUUGCACAAAUUGAUUCGAAACUUUGUGAGAAAAUUUCUGACAUGUACUUUAUGUAAUGUAAUACAAAAUUUUUUUAAAAUUCA